AUGGCUGUUUGUUUGUGUCUGGGACGAGCUGUGUUUGCGGUGCUUAUGCGCGGCGACACCAGGAGGAAGGUGGGCAUGGGUAUGGGGUGUGGGAAAGAUGGGUAUGGGUGUGGGGAGGAUGGGUAUGGGGAGUAUGAGUGUGGGAAAGAUGGGUAUGGGGAGGAUGGGUAUGGGUGUGGGAAGAUGGGUAUGGGUAUGAGGAGGAUAGGUAUUAGAAAAAUGGGUAUGGGUGAAAGAUGGGUAUGGGUAUGGGGAGGAAGGGUAUAUGGGUAUGGGGAUAGGAAAGGUGGAUAUGGGGAAGAUGGGUAUGGGUAUUUGGAAGAUGAGUGGGGUUAUGGAGAGGAUGGGUAUGGAAAAGAUGGGUAUGGGUAUAGGGAAUAUGUGUAUGGGCAUGGGGAGGAUGGGUAUGGGUAUGGGAAAGAUGGAAUGGGCAUAGGAAAGAUAGGUAUGGGUAUAGGAAAGAUGAGCAUGGGUAUGAGUAUAGGAGAUAUGGGUAUGGGUAUGAGAAUAUGA